UACGAACAGGUUCCUAGUAGUCACAGAAACCAAAUUGUUGUUAAUAAUUGAUUAACUUUUGUUACUGAAUCAGCAUAAAACAUUGAGAUAACGAUACAUCAUAACCUGACGCAUAAAAGUCGUGGAGUUUGUUACAUGUUUAUAAUAAAGCUUAUGAAUUCGAGAGUGGUGUAUUGUUGUGUAACUCAUAUUUGCAAGGAUGAAUAUAUGCUAGUCGGAUUUGCAUGGUAUGCAGUAUAGCUUUAAUCCGGACAAUUAACGAUUCGGUUCUUGGUGACUGUAUUAUACACUGCAAGAAGCAAUUUACAUAACCGUGAUGGUUCAAGUCGUUUCCGAAUUUGAUGCUAAAAAGCAUAUUAACAUAUGACUUUCUACUUAAAGCAUGACAAGAUUGGGAAAAACGAUAUUUCUAGACCAUGUUGGGAAUACUAUGCAGUAGUUUGUCAUUUGUGGUUUUGAAUAAUUUAGUGUUUUUUCUAUCUCUGCCAUUAAUUCAAGUCGUCAAUUGAGCAUCUGCACCUGAGAGUGAUCACUGCACUUUUCUGCCUGUCUUCUAUUAAGCAGGUUGUACUGUUGAGGGCAAUGAUGUAGGAGUCGAUCUGUUAUGGCGUUUGCUCAGUUCCAGUUCCUUUAUUCCUAUGCUUUGAAUAUAUUGCUUCUUUACACUCGGAUAAAAGGGGGCUUUUGACGAUUUAUCCCCGCGUGUGAUGUUAACGCAACGCCACGGUUAUUUUACGCGAAAUUUAGACAAUAAUCUGCAAAUUAGCGCUACUGAUUCGGUUUCGAUGAGUGACCGUACGAAGUAUCUAUAGAGGACAAGUGUGUCUAUAGAAACAGAAGACACCAGACGAAUAUCCGUUGAUAUUAUUAUACAUAGGACACGAAUGAAAGCGUUCUGUAAUCUUUCUUAAAGUUUCCAAUUUUUAAGAUCUCAGAUAUCUUCACUUCAUCAGCUGGACCAGCUCUAUGUCGUGGAAUAUGAAUAAUUUUUUCAACAAUGAAGAAAACGACCUCGGAAACUUCAGUGGCCCGUGUUAUGAGGUGAUGUUGAUAGGAGACAGUGGAGUAGGCAAGACUUGUCUGUUGGUUCGAUUUAAAGAUGGUGCUUUUCUCUCUGGCAGUUUUAUCUCCACUGUUGGCAUAGACUUCAGGAAUAAGGUUGUUGAUGUUGAAGGAACAAAGGUUAAAUUACAAAUUUGGGACACAGCUGGUCAAGAAAGAUUCAGAAGUAUAACACGUGCAUAUUAUAGAGAUGCUAAUGCACUACUCCUAUUGUACGAUGUAUCAAAUAAAGCUAGUUUUGAUAAUAUUCGAGCCUGGCUUGGUGAAAUAAAUGAAUACGCUCAGGAGGACGUAGUUAUCAUGUUACUAGGAAAUAAAGCAGAUAUGACGUCAGAGCGCGUGAUACGAACAGAGGAUGGGGAACGAUUAGCCAAUGAAUAUAAUGUUGCCUUCAUGGAAACAAGUGCCAAGACUGGAAUGAAUGUUGACUUGGCUUUUAUGGCUGUUGCAAAAGAUCUAAAGAUGAAAAAGACGAGGAAGCCCACAGAUCCCAAGUUUAGUGUCACGGACUAUGUUAACCAGGAGAAGCAAAGUGUGGGCUGCUGCAGUAGCUAACAUUUAGUGCAAUACAAUAGUGCAAAAGUUCAAUUAGAAAGAACUUAAGUGCUGCAGCUGAUUCCAUCGGUAUCUAUUCCUUUUAUUGUUUAUAUACCAGGGCUCUAGUGCUCAAACUUCUAUUAUUUUUUGUAAAUCCAUUGAAUUCGUGCUCAAAAACUUAAGAUAUUGAUUUGAUUUAGAAAGAAAAAAUAGUUUACCAAUUUAAUUACAAAAGGGUUGUGUGUUGUUCAUACUUACUUUCAUCAUGUUUUGAAAAGCAAAAACUCUUGAGUAGAUUAUGUUUUAUACAUUUUGCAAAACAAAUUUAAUCUAGAUGUUUUUUUAAAAUGGCAUUAUGUAAUUAAUCUCUUUUCCGAUGGAGCUAGCAUACAUAAUGGGACCAAUUUGUUACCUUGUUUCAUUUCAUUUCUUUACAUCUGGUAGUGUACGUGAUCAAAACCAAACAUUUUUUGUCAAUUUUAAUGACACAAACGGAUGAUUUAAUCGACAUUUCAUGAUUUUUUGUUACCAUUAGUGGCAUCUAUUUGAUGCUAUUAGAGUAAAAGUGCUUAAUGUUUAUGAUAUAAUGCACUUUCAAUAAUUUUUAACAUUCCGUCUGAUAAACAAGCAAAAUAAUUCUCACGCAUGCAAAACCUUUUAGGGUUGAUUAAUAUACACAUACUUGCAAUCUUCCAGAAUUGUGUCCUGUUAUAAGCCUCUGAUUAAGAACAUGAAAUGUCAUGUAACAUGUAAAAGGAUAACUUCUUUUUUCUGCAACAGCGUCUUGUGUCUUGUUAUAUAUUAAUUUUAUUGCUAUUAUAAAAUGACUUUUUGAGCUUAUUACUGCAAAACAUGUGAACAUUAAAUUAUUUAAACACAAAUUUUUCGAAAAAUGAAUGUUAAAUGAGAAAAGAUGUCUUAAAGAUCAUUUUAUAGAUUUAAUUUGAUGCAGGAAACUUUCAAAUUUACACAUUACUAAAUGAUUCAUCCGAAUCUGUUUUGGAGAUCUGUUACAAAUCUAGAGAGUUGACUAACCAAUUAAUUGGCUUUUGAGAAUUUCCGAGUUUGGGUUAAUACUGAAUAUAAAAACAAUUUGAAAUAUGAUUGGCCUUCGUAAUAUCUGUACAGUGUACCAGUCUUUUGUUUAUAGUUUCUGUUGCAGAGUACAUGCUCUUUGGAAUUUUUUUAUGAUUGUUUAUUUAAAAAUCUUUUUUUUUUUAGAAUUAUCGUCUUUAGAUUCUUUUUUUUAACAUUUUGAAUAUUUAAGAAACCAUUACCUCAAUAGUGAAAUCCAUAUUUCUUAAAUGCACAUGUCCAUUGAUUUUGUGUUAUUUAUUGAUUUUUGCUUUAUUAUUGAUAUUGACUGAUAUAUUUAUUUGGGUGAAGGGAUGAGAUAUAGAACUGUGUAUCGCAAUCGAGAAUAGAUGUUUUAAUCAUACUUGAUAAGAGUUUUCGUAAGAUAUUUGAAAGUUUUAAUAUUUUUUUUGGUAACGUAAAAGAAGUUGCUGUUAACUUUACGUGGCGUAGAGAAACCUUAACAAAACAAUACACGCAUAAUAAUGGUGCUUUUUCAAGAAUUUAAAAGAAAAUAUUGUUAUAGUUGCAAUGCAUGUAGAUAAACAAUUAACAAACUAUUCACAUUGUUUUAUAAUGGGUUGUGUUUCAGAAAUAUGUUACCUCGCGCAUUUACAAUAGAUAUAAUUGUACGCUGGGACAAUGUUCCAUGCCAACAUUGGUCACAGCCUUUGUUAAGUUGUUUGUGAAAGUGUUGUUUCUGUAAGUGAAAUGAUAAGAUCUGAUAUUAUUGUUUUUAAUAAAAAAUAUUCUAAAAUAAAA